AAUCCAUUAAUUUAUUCUGGACCCUUGUACCGAGUGUAAUUUCCCGUCUUCUCGUGUCUCUGUUUCUCUCUGUGCAUUGAAGCUCCAGAGAUGGCGAAAGGGAAGAAGGAGCUUCUUAAGUCGGCCCCAUGGAGGGUGGGAUCUGAAGAAGACGAAAAGUUCAAGGAUGCCUCUCUGAAGGUUACGAGAGAACCAGGUUCAACUCCAACUAUGCACGUCCCUGCGAUGAAGUCCGUUGAAUCCAAAGCCAAUGAUCUCGAAGACGAUUCUCUAAUUGAAAUCGAUCCUGAGCUACGCUACAGCUUCCAGAGAAACUUCAAGUUUCUUCAGCAUGUUUUCAGCAUUGACACCAUUGUCAAACCUCUUCCUAUGUCAAUGCAAUAUAAUGUUUCUCGUAACUUGAGCUUCUUCACCCGUAUCUUUACACAAUUCUUUGAUCCUGAAGGAAUAGCAGAUGCACAAAAGUCUCUAGGAUUGGGACAGGAAGAAAGAGUCCGUAAAGUUCGUUGAAGAAGCUUCAUAAUAUCUGUAACUACCGUUAUGAAUGAGUGUGCAUCGUAUUUUGCAAUUUGUAUCUACUGGUGAUUUUUAGCGCUCUUAAAUUUAAUGACUGCAUCCUAUCAUCGUCGUUUAAAUCUUAUUUACCUUGUCAAUGUGGAUUAUACCUGGCUUCUAUCGGUCUAUGAAUAGGUUGCUCAGUUUCAUAAAUUCAACAUGUGCUUAUUUCUCUUCAUUCAUCCUGGGAAUGAAAUGAUGCUAUCAAGAUUAAUGGCUGCAAUUGGAUCUAUUGCUCACAAGAAGGCUGCAAAUAUGUUUCAAAGGGUGCUAACAUAAUUUGAGACUUGUACAAGUACUGGGCUCGAAGUUUAGUGUUAAGAAAGUUAACCAGUACUAAUUCAUUUGAUUAUGAUAAUGCUAAUACAGUUGGAUCUUGUUCGAAGUGUAUAAUUAGGCUGAAUAAUGGGAUUAUAGAUGGUUAGAUUUAUGUUCGACUAGGGAUGGACCUGGUCCAGUUCAGGCAGGGUCUAAAAGUAUAAAGUUACUUGUAAAUGUGCUU